GUCCACAUCACGAUUCCCCGACGCUGUCCUACGUUAUUUACAAUACAUGAGCUUUUCCUUAGGCGCUUAAGGCAUGUAUUGAAAGGGACUAAAAAGAGUAGAUUUUCACAAUUAAACCCUAUCAAAUCAGACACCAGCUAUCUAAAGAAAGACAACACAUAAAAAACUAAGAAAUUGGUUUGGUACUCUUUUUUUUAUUGUUCCCUAUUCUUGUUUCUUUUCGUGGAGUUUGUACUUUGCGAGCUUGGGGCGGCAGUCGUCAUGGUGAUAGAUUCAAUGUGGUGUAGUGAUGUAAUUAUGACUCUCAUCGCUUCUAUAUACUUCCGCGCAGAUGUGGUGCUUCGGAACGAAUUAAUCAAAAGUAGCUUGAAUUUUUCCCCCCCUUUUAGAUUGUUACAGAGGAUAGCAUAUAUUCGCAUUUGAUAAAUUGACCCGUAAUACCUGUUAUUCCACAUGUCUAGUUGCCCGUUAACCUCUCAUUUCCUCUACCUAUAUCCAGAGCUUCCUCUCGGAAGCGUAAUGAAGCGGCACCACCGGAUAGUCAACCUCCAUCCUGCGUAUGGAUCCUCCAAGAAACCCCCAACAGCCUGAUGAUUUGGCACCCACAGGACCUCCGUCAUGGAGGCCAGAUCUUCCCCAUCAUUUCUUACAAGUCGGCUCCGGUGCUGGUCCCACCAUACCGGAAUUCGGGUCUGCAUUACCGCUGCCAGGACAGCAACAACAUCAACAUGAAGGAUUGAGUCAUCUUGCUUCUGCCGCAGCUAUUUCCGGCACAUAUGAUCUGCCAUCUGCGACAUCGCCAUCCAGGACGUCACCAUUGGGUCCACAGGUAUUAAAUCAACCUGGGCCUUCCGCUUUCAUAACUAAUGAAAGCCUCACGCAUGGAGUACCUCCUGAUAGCGCUCAGAGAAGAGAGCAAAUAAGGGCUAAGCGCCGUGUUCCCAAUUCCCAGCGAAAGAGGACUCAAGUAAGUUGCGACGCUUGCAAGACGCGAAGAUGCAAGUGUGUGCGUUUGAAAGUUUCCCCAGAAUCCAAUAAUAACACAACCGCACCUGGUGAACAACCUCCUUGUAAGUUAUGUGUCGAGACCGGGAUUCCGUGUGUGACCACAUUGCCACGAAAGCAACGGGUCUAUGGCAGCGUUGAGAACUUGGAUAAAAGAUAUCGUGCCCUUGAGGCAUUGGUAUUUGGCGUAUUUCCCGAACUAAACUCGAGAGCGACCGCGGAGGAACUAGUGGCAUUUGGGGGGGAGAGAAGGAUACCUAUGCCUGACUUCGGUGAAUCGCCCGACCUGUCUCAGGCUUCGUCGGCCGAAGCUUUUGUGCAGCAGCCGGAGACAUCUCAGACUCCCAAACCAGACCCAGACCCGUCAAAGGAAGCGGAAUACCCGAACCUAAUUAUAGCUGGAACUGACCAUGAAAAGACCAUACUGCCGCCGUCUUACCUCAUGGGAUUUGCGUCAAGGGCGAUUCCACAGCUUCCGCCUGAAUCCCCGAAUACUUCUGCGGACACUUGUGAAGAGAAUACAGGCUUGAUAACCGAUGCUAGUGGCCGACCACAUUACAUUGGAUCGUGUGGAAGUCUUGCUUUCUUUAGCAAAAUGCGCGAUAUCUUUGCACAGAAGUUUUCCGAAGGAGCGAGCUCAGACGAAUCCGCGCGGCCGGGCCAUGACUCUAGAAGUGAUGGUGGGCUCCUUAAAAACAAUCCGUUGACUGCUUCUCUGGGUGGAACUGGUGAUCGUGGGCGACACGUCCCGUCCCCGCCGCAACAGUAUUCUUCCGGUUCAUUAAAUAAAGUUCUAGACCAUCUUGAUGGCGACUCCCCUCCUAAAAUCUGCGAAGAUAUGUUAAAGGACCACCCAAACGACCCAGAGUUUUGGAGGUAUCGCAAACGAGUGUCUCAACUUGACUUGCCCCCUAAAGAGCGAGCAGAUGCCUGUGUUCACGCUUUUUUCCACCACGUUCAUCCCAACUUUAUCUUAUUCCACCGGCUUACUUUCCAGACCGCCUACGAAAAAAUGUGGCGCUGCUGGGAAUCACACAGGGGGAAAAACGCGAAAGGCCGCGUCAGGGAAAUUUCCGUGUCAGUAGGAUGGCUAUGUUGCUUGUAUAUGAUAAUUAUCCUGGGAUCUCGAUCCCUCCCCCAGAAUGCCGACUCAGUCGACUUUCAACGGAAAUGGUUUGGGAAGGUUGAGCAGCUGCCACCACUUCUCGGUACCUCAAGCCUUCCAAACGUAUGCGCAUAUAUGCUCCUCUCGCUAUAUUAUCACAACACCAACGACAGAACUAGCGCAUGGACGCACCACGGAGUAGCUUGCCGACUAGCUAUAGCGCUUGGGAUGCAUCGUGAAAGUGCUUCAGGAAUAUUCGAUCCCGUAGAGAGACAAUCUAGAAAGUUGGCUUGGUGGACAUUGUACGACUUUGAGCAAUUUCUAUGCUGUUCGCUAGGGCGACCCAGUGCGAUUGAUGACCGGGAAAUGGACGUCGGGGUUCCUAAUGAAGAUUAUCUGGACGCGAAUGUUCCUCCCCCUCGGUAUAUAGAGCAUUCGGCUCAACUGAACAUGUUACUCGCUGCAAUUCGACGCGGAAUUUUCGAUCCUGGAUUUGCCCCGGGUAGGAUGUAUGCGCGAGCCUUGGAGUUUUUGGGGGUUGUCUCAGACUGGGAGGAUACAUUACCAAGAGGACUGAGGCCCGUGCCGUAUGAGGCCUCAAAUGGGAAUGACAACCAGUGGAGGAGUGUCCUAUUACUUAAUAUUCGAUAUCAACAUGUGCUCUGCUUCUUGACGCGCCCAUUCCUCUUGGAGACGAUUCAAUCUGCAGAUGGCGAGAUUCCCCUGGGCCCCGAUGCGCCCAAGAUACGAGCUUUAAGCAAAGUCUGUUUAACUGGGGCGAUGCGCUGUGGGAAUUUGAUUGUUAAUUUAUGGCGCGCAGGCCUUAUAAACGGUGUCACAUGGAUAGAUAUCUACUAUGCAUUUACGUCUAGCUUGGAUAUAUCCUUAGCAUUGCUUUCCCCAGAUUCGCUGUGCCAAGACGAAGGCCGGGAGGACAUUGUCAAGCCUCACCUCAUACAGAGUUAUACCAUAGAAGAGAUGCGAAAUGCUGUGAGGCAGCUAUGCGAGGUUAUGUCGACUAUUGAGGUUUGCGGAACCAAUGCUCGGUUUGCAAAGGCAGCGUUCGAGUUUGCGAUUGCUCUGGAAAUUAUCCCAGGGGAGAGUAUUCUCUCCUUAGGCCUGCCCCUGCCCGAGUCGAAGACGAGAGAGCGGCAUAAGAGAUCUAAUGAGGACAGUCCCACAAUCAACGUAGGAAAAGGGGGACAAGGAUUUGUCCAAGGUCAGAGGCAGGGAGAAGAUGAUAGUAAAGUUGACCAAGGCAUGACUGGUAUGCCUGGAUACUACCCUACGGGUGAUAUGAAUAUGAAUUUUCAGGGCAACUUAGUUUAUCCCCCAGUGGACACAAUGGGGGACGUGCGAUGGGAUAUGUGAGUCAGCGCUGCACCAACGCAACACCAAGCUAUUCCGCUUCAUACCUUUUUUUUUAAAAAAAAGCUGAUCCGAAACUUCAUAGGAUACUGCAGCCGUCGCAAUGGAAUGGAGCCGCCAUAAAUAUGGACAUGGACUGGAUGUGGCAAUGCCCAAAUCAAAGCUGGCAUGGUAACGUAUAUGAAGACCAAUAACUCCUAAUGGC